UUUCCCUGUGUCACAUGAAUUUGUGUCCCCAAAAUGGCGACCUUAGCUGCUGCUGCUGCGGCUGCUGCUGCUGCGGCUGCUAUCGCCGCUAAUAGAGACCCAGCUGUUGACCGGUCAUUACGAUCCGUAUUUGUGGGGAACAUUCCGUAUGAGGCCACAGAGGAACAGCUGAAAGACAUCUUUUCUGAAGUGGGACUUGUUGUCAGCUUCAGGUUGGUAUAUGACAGGGAGACUGGUAAGCCAAAGGGAUAUGGCUUCUGUGAAUACCAAGACCAGGAGACGGCCCUCAGUGCCAUGCGGAACCUGAACGGGAGGGAGUUCAGUGGUCGGGCUCUGAGGGUUGACAACGCAGCCAGUGAAAAAAACAAGGAAGAGCUGAAAAUCAUUGCAGGUUUGGGAACUGGAGCCCCAAUUAUCGAGUCUCCUUAUGGAGACACCAUCCAGCCACAGGAAGCCCCGGAGUCCAUCAGCAGAGCUGUGGCCAGUCUGCCCCCCGAACAGAUGUUUGAACUUAUGAAACAGAUGAAGCUGUGUGUGCAGAACAGUCCCCAGGAGGCGAGGAACAUGCUGCUGCAGAACCCUCAGCUGGCCUACGCCUUGCUGCAGGCCCAAGUGGUGAUGAGGAUCGUUGACCCUGAGAUAGCCUUGAAAAUGCUCCACCGUCAGACACCAGUCCAGCCGCUCAUUCCCAGCGGACAGGGGGGGGGAGCGCCGCCCCUCAACCCCCCCUCUGCUCCACCCAACAUGCAAGUGCCUCAGCCGCAGCAGCCUGUGGCUCCCCUCUUCCCGAGACCGGACAAAGCGUCGGAGGCGAAAGAGAGAGGAGAGAGAGGGGUUGGGCCUCCGCUCAGCACGAGGGGCGAAGUUUCCGCCACCACGCGCCGUAGGGUGACGGUGAGCGAGACUCGGGCCGAGGGCUCGUCCGCCGCAAGAGGGGCUUGUUUUUUGUUUUCCCCUGCAGGCCGUGACCCGAGGGCGAUGGACACUCGAGGUCCGGUGGCGGCUCAGAGGGUUCCCAUGGCGACAGGAAUGCCGGGCCCCGCUCCUCAUAGCAUGGCUCCGAACGCUCCUCCACCUGCAAGACCGGGUCCUGGAAACUCUGGUCCUCCGUCAGGAGGGGGCUUCAGUCCGGGGCAGAGCCAGGUCUCCACACAGGACCAGGAGAAGGCUGCCCUCAUCAUGCAGGUGCUGCAGCUGACCCCAGAACAGAUCGCCAUGCUUCCCCCGGAGCAGCGGCAGAGCAUCCUGAUCCUCAAAGAGCAGAUUCAGAAGACUGCAGGGGGGGGGCCUUAACAGGCUCAUGGGGAAAAAUACAAAAGGGUUCAGGAUUCCCAAACUGCUCCACCCUGCUGACCUUGAAGAAGUCUCACCUUAGACUUUUGUAUAGUUUUUUUAAAUCGAAGAGUCCGGUUACACACGAGUGGAUGAUGAAUACUGAACAGAAGUGUGAUGUUUCAUCCCAAAGCCAGCUGUUGUUCUUUAUGUUUUGUCAAUAAAACCAACAAAAAAUA